UGGUCAACUAGCAGAGACAGAGACACAGAACCACACACGAUGGUACGGAGAUAUAGGCAUCGCGCGGUUGUGGCGGCGGCGGCGUUGGUGCUAAGCCUGUGCUGCGGAAAGGCUGCUGCUGCUGCAGGCUCCUUCGGGGGCGGCGUUGCCAUGGCGUCGCCAGGCGACCAGGCCCGGCGUAUCAAGGAGGAAGCGACGGCGCUGCACAGGGCAGGGCAGUACGAGGAGGCCGCGGAGGAGUUCGCACGCGCCGCGCAGCUGCUAGAGGAGGCGGGGGUAGGACUGGCGCCCCCACCUGCUCUGAGCGCGAUACGGUUGUCGUUGGCAGCCUCUCAGCUUAAGAGCGGAGACCUUCGCGGCGCCGAGGCUACCUGUUCGCAGCUCCUCAGGACUCCCGGCCUGCCUCGACCCCUACGGCAAAAAGCUUCCUACAGGAGGGGGAUGUCACGGAAGCGGCAGGCGGAUGCGGCGGGGGUCGGGGCCGCGGGGUCUCGGCUCGCUCAGCGGGCCUACCGUGACGCGUACCUAUCGGUAGAGCUGUCCAACGACGGUGGAGCGGCAGGGCCCGCGGCGGGGGACGCGAAGGCCUUGGGGCUCAUGGCUGAGAUGGAAGCUGGGGACUGGGGACAAGGUUGGCUAACGGAGGCCGACCGAUCAGCCGCUCGAUCUAAGGCAGACAAACACCUGAAGGCUCUCGCCAGCAUGGCACCUCCCGCAAGAAGCACACCAGCUGGGAGCGGCGGACUGUUCGACAUGUUCGACGGCGGUGGCGGGGCAGGUGCACCUGGGUUCCCAGAUCUAGGCAGCGGAGCAGGGGCGGGGGGCGCUUUGGGAGGAAUGCCUCGGCUGAUGGACAUGAUGGGCGCGGGAACGGGGGGGGUCGGCGGAGGGGCGGAAGAGGGUUUGGGCGGCCUUAUGAGCAUGCUUAUGGGCGGAGGGGGUGCGAAGAGCGGUCUAGGUGGCGGUGCCGAUGAGCCGGAUCCGAAACAGAUGCUCAAGAUGGCCAAGAAAAUGAGUAAGGGGGUGAAGAAGCAGCUUCGGAACCCUGGCACACAGCAGAUGGUGUGCGCGUUCCUCAACCAGGCGAAGCCCGAAACGCUCAUGUCCCUGGCCACCACAGCCGGGUUUCCCGGUGCUAACGAGGCAAUAGUGAACAGGCUCAGCGGCUACCUCCAGAAGGCCGACGGAAAGACCCUUGAGAGCUGGAUCGAUUACGGCGAGAUCGCCACUUGCGCGUUCCGACGACUGAAGCAGGUCAGCGUGCUGUGGUCCAGAGGGAUCGCCCUCGCGGGCAUCUGGCUGGUGUGGGUGUGGGUCCGGGCUUGCUUCGCGCCCAUAGUGGUGCAGGAAGCUUGAUUGUGGCGGUGGGGAUUGCUGGGAUCUCGAGGCCUGACUACGACGUGUGGCGUGGAGUUGCUGUGAUUUGGGCUGGAGCUUCUUCCUCGUCUGGGCGAAGUCAUCAGUUUGGCCUCUUGCGCUGAGGAGAACCCGGGUAUUCCUCGUUAAUCGCUGAGGUUUGUGAGUGUGCUGUUGGUCGUUGCCCAUGGUGCCGGCGUGGAGGCCGGCUGUAGAAUGAGGGUUGCGGUGACUCGGUUUUGACGCGACUUGCGGGCGUCUCUUAAUCGUGGAUACAGCAGCAGGUGAUGCAAAUACCGCUCAUCUGUAAAGAAAUGGUGGGCAUAUGCAUAGUAAUUGUUGAUUCUCUCCUGCUCCUGGCCUCGCCUCGACCUUCGGGCGUGGAUCCCCACUCACUGCUGUUACACUGUACCUGUAAGCUGUUGCACCGGAGUCGUUUUCUCGGAGGACGGUCAGCUAUUUUUGUAGUGCCGAUCAUGGCGAACAGGAGUUGCGGCGUCACGUCAACUCGGUGGUUGCAACGCGGACUUGUAUGCAUAGGAGCGAGUUAAGUUUAACUUUAAUGUUUCACUAUCAAGUGGUUUGGUGUGAAGGUUUCCCUUGUCCUAGUAACGGGAUGGCCGUCAUGUAUCAUGGUAUAAUGUGGGACAUGCAUACACAGCUGUAGUAGCUGAAAGCGUAGUUCGUGUGUUGAUGGUGAGGAAAUACAAGACUCGGAACGUCCAAACCCAUCCCUACAUAUGCGCAACGAUUACUUGUGUUUGACCACGUACAACAGCACAAUAACUCCGCCAGCGCCGCUCGACAUGUGUGCGCGCUGGCCGUCGGCUAAAGGUGGCAGGACGGAGGACCGGCGAAAAAUCACAAAUUCGCGUGAUGACGCCGCGUGAGUGCUGAGUGAUGGAUGGGUUACAGCAUGGUCACAAGGUUAGACUACGCUUGUUCCUGCUGUGUGUCACUUUGUCACUAUUUUUUCUGACAAAAAGGCAACCGCGGAUUAACCUCAUCGACAUCCAUGAGCAAAGGGCCCAGGAUGACGUAUUGAUUGCAGUAAGUGUGUCGUGUGUGUCUACCACAUAUGAUUUGCAGAAACCAUCCGAGCAUCAGGACGCUAUUGCUAUACAGUAGCUGCUACGGUUUUAUAUAAGAUGUUCAACAGAAAGUCCGGGUUUAACAGAGAGGUGAAUUGGCUUGGCACGGCCAAAAUCGGGUUAACAGAAUUUUUGUCUUAU